AUGUAUGUAAUGAUAACAGUAUUACAAACAACUAGUUCAGAAUCCACAUCUUCAACCAGUUCGGGUUCUUCAUCAAGUAGCUCAUCGAGUUCAGGCAGUGAAUCCAGUUCAUCUGAUUCAGAGAACUCCAGUAGUUCUGCCAAUAGUGAGAAAGCAUCUGAUACAGAAAGAACUAGGAAAAAAGCGCAGUUUCCAGCCACUCGUCAUGUUAAAUCCAAAGUUGAAACAGUAUCUGUGCCACCUCUGGAAAAUAAAAAUAAAGAACGGCAGCCAUCAAAACCCAGACCAUCAGUGUAUUCCUCCGAGUCUGAAGAGUUGCCCAAUAAGGCAAAAUCACCCCAAAAGAGGAAACCGCCGGCUAAACCGAAAGCUACUGCUACUGUUGCACCAGUUGUUAAGACACAAAGGUCUCCUGCAAAACCAGUGCCUGCAUCAGGACAGCAUAAAACUACACCUGCUUCAAAACCUGCCAAUGCCAAAUCCAACAAAUUUUCUGGUUCCACAAAUGCCAAUGGCAAACCUCCCGAAAAAUCUGGGAAGACAACGGAACCAGUCCAGAAGAAAUUGAAGAAGAAAAGUAUAUUCAGUCCAGAAAACAGUAGCGAAAGUGACAGUGGUGUCUCAGCAAAAGCUAAUACAGUGAAACCAACUAGUAGUUCUGCGAAAUGUUCCAAAAAUCCGCCGACUAAGGUAAAAUUAAAUGAAACCAAGCAAAAAUCAGCAACAACAUCAGCAACAAGCAGACCUGUUCCAAAACCCGUGCAGCCACAGAAAUCAGAUAGUUCGGCCAGUUCGAAGAGUUCUGGUGGUUCGGCAUCCUCUGGUAGUUCGGACAGUAGCUCCGAUUCGGAAUCGUCAGAAAGUAUCACCAGCUCUCAACCUCAACCGAAAAAGAAAGAAACGCAACCUAGUGCAUUAGCGAGUAAUACCAUAACGGGCGUACCACCUAAGAGACCUUCCGCGACUGUCGCACCAGUAAAACCGCAAAAAGCAGUUACCAGACGACAAGGUGCGGUAAAAAGCGACAACGAUGGAGAUGCGUCUGCAAGUGAGAAAGAGAUGGAUGAUCGUGAAACAUCGCCUUCGAAAGCGGCGACGAAAGGGAAGCGGAAACUGCAAACACGCAAAGGAAGUAAAUUGCUCCAGUUACAGGCGAAGGCAAUCAGCGAUUCCGAAUCUGAUACAGCUGAGAGUAAGAGGAGCACAAGUAAGUCGCCUGUCAAACGCGCUGGACCAUCCGCCGCCGCUAGACAAUCCUCUGGAACUGGUAGAUCAACACAGAACAGUAGUAUUGCCUCCAAUAUUACAAGUGGUAGAACAAAUCAAGCUUCCUAUAAUCGAGCACGUGCAAAAGAGCGUGAAUGUCCAUUAGCUGCGUCCUGCGACUCGCGAGGUCAUCUCUCCGGAAAACUCGACACGCACUUUACUUUAGAAGCGUGUCCAUUAUAUCAUAAUACCACACCUCAGGCUUGCAUAGAAUUUUAUAAGGAAAGAAAAAAGCGAGAGGAAGAACGCAAGAAGGCGAUAGCAAAUCUAGCAAAAAAACCUAAAGGUGUUCAUCAAACUACUGAACAGCGCAAUUAUCAACUUAAAGUACGAGAAAUGAGAAACAAAUGGAAGGGUAACACUGGUGAUGGUAACGAAAGCGAUAGCGGCGGUGAAUUGCAGGGGAAUGAAAAGGACAAGCAGCCUCGAUUGAACAAUCUCACGCCUGAUUAUGACUUGAAACUAUUUAUGGAAGCUCAGGCAAUAGCAAGUGAAAAAAUCGUAAAUUAUGACGGAGAAGGUAGAAAUGGUGGCGGCACUAGAGUCGUAGAAAUGGGAAAAUGGGAAAUGGAAGUUUGGUAUCAAAGUCCUUAUCCUGAAGAAUAUAGUCGUGCUCCAAAGCUAUAUCUUUGUGAAUAUUGUCUGAGGUAUGCGAAAAGUCGUCAAGUUUUAAGGAGACAUCGAGAAAAAUGUUUGUGGAGACAUCCACCGGGACAUGAAGUGUAUAGAAAGGAUAAAAUAGGUGUAUGGGAAGUGGAUGGGAAGCGGUAUAAGCAGUAUUGUCAGAAUCUUUGUUUGCUGGCCAAAUUCUUCCUGGAUCAUAAAACAUUAUACUACGAUGUCGAGCCAUUUCUUUUCUAUGUCAUGACGAUCGGUGAUUCUGAAGGCUGCCACACCGUCGGAUACUUUAGCAAAGAGAAGAACUCCUUCCUGAAUUACAAUGUGUCCUGCAUUCUAACGCUACCGCCUUAUCAAAGACAGGGUUAUGGCCGGCUACUCAUCGACUUUAGUUACCUGCUGACGAGGGUCGAGAAGAAGAUCGGUUCGCCAGAGAAGCCGUUGUCGGACCUCGGUCUGAUCUCCUACCGCAGCUACUGGAAGGACGUUUUGCUGCAGUACCUCUGCAAUUUCGGCGGCAAGGAAAUCUCCGUAAAAGAUAUCAGCAAGGAAAUGGCCAUCGACUCGUACGACAUUGUCAGCACUUUACAGGCCCUCGGCAUGAUGAAGUACUGGAAGGGCAAGCAUAUCAUCCUGAAGAAACAGGACGUGAUCGACGACUACAAGGAGAGGGUGAAGAGACGCGGCCCCGUCUACAAAGAGAUCGAUCCGGAGUGUCUAAAAUGGAACCCCUUCCAGCCACCCAAGACGCCCUCCGCCUCGAACUAAGGUCUACCAGGAGCCUGAAAGUACGCUACCCCUUCUCCACCCCUUCUCGUCUUCUCCCCUCUUCAUAGCGCGACUCGAGAGACGACGGUCGAUUCUCGCCGUCGUCAUCGUCGUCAUCGUCGUCACCAUCGUCAUCGUCGCUUUAUUAGGGAUGUUGCCGGAUUCAGCGACUAUUCGGUAUCCAGCCAAUCCAGCCAUAUUUUUUUAUAACCCGUCGGAUUACGAAAAAGUCAUUUUCCAUAAUUCAAUAGAUAAUUAUAUAUAAAAUUUGAAUUUUUUUGAAAUGCAAUGAAUAUUAAAGUUAAUAACUUUUAUCAUGUAAGAUACAUUCAUAAAAAUACUUAGUUAAGUUAGGAUGUCUAAUGAAAUAGAUAGAUCGUCGAGAUAUUUCACGAUGUCCGACGAAUCUGCCUAAAUAUUUUUAUCAAUAUUUGAUUGUUGAUAACAUAUACAUUUACAUAUAUGAUAUGUGUGUGCACAUAUAUUUGACUUUUUCAAUUUUUUUUAUGUAAUUGCCGAAUAACCGAAUAUCCGAUUAUCCAGCAAAUUCUAUCCGGCACAUCCCAAUCUUUAUCCGUUUCCGACCUUCCCACCAAGCACUCACGCAGUGCGAGAAAUAAGCCGACAGAUUUCACACCAGUGAGAACCAUGAAAAUCCUUCCAAGUAUUCCUCCGUCGUUCCGAAGCACACAGUGAAGACGACGGUGAGUAUCUCAUUCUAUUGGCAAUAUCGUUAAGCCUCACCGCGAGAAGGACUUCUCUCUUCAUGUUUAAGAUGCGUCGGUCGGAGGUCGACAGGAUCCGAUAAUAAUUGCGACUGGAAAGUGCAUGAGAAAUGUCUCUCCGAUGCUGACGAAAGCAGGCAAGCCGAUAAGACAUGGCGACUGAUGAGAUGUCGAGGAUAUAUUUAUACUCGCAUUAUCAUUUCGCACUUGCCUGUUUUAUUUUUAAACCGGAUCUUCUUUUAAUAUAUUUCCCACUUUAGUAUCUUUUAUUAGAA